UGCUUCUGUAUUUCUGUAAUGACAAGACACUAUAAAAUUAUAGUGACGUUUUCAUUAAAUUUUGUCUGAAAUAUUAUAAAGUUUCUAGUUUUUGAACAAUUUUACUUUUGUAAUAAAAAUGACUUCGAAUAUACGAACUGGAGGGUCUAAAAAAGAAAUUGAUCCGGAAGAAAUUAUGAAACGAAAGUUUCGCGCGAAAUGUCGGUUUAAAGCUAUAGGGCGUUUGGCAAUGGCAAACACAUACUGGCUUAUAGAGGCUGCGGAACAAUAUGAGGGUGUUGAAGACGUGAAAAGACGAGUAGCCCAAGCUGUGCGCGGGAAGGCGAAGAAGAAACGACUACUGGGAAUUAAUGACAAAGCCCUGUUAAAUAAAGAUGCACAUGAAAGGAGUGACUUUGAAAAGAAAUAUAUUUACCGCAUUAUCGGGGGGCUUAAGUGUUUCAAGAGGUAUCCUAAUCAUGUAAAGAAGAAACUGGCCGCGGUAACGUAUUUCAGGUAUUACGGCCCCAAUCGUGUGAUAGUACGCCAGCAUCAUGAGGCCCAUGCACUGUAUUUCAUAGUAACUGGUGACGUCAUGGUUAGCCAAAUGGUUUUCGACGAACUGCUACAGCAGAAUGUGUCCGUCGAUAUUGGCGUCAUGCAUCCAGGGGACAUGUUUGGCGAAGUCUCUUUGCUGCACAAUAUUCCAAGAACAGCUACUUGUACAACCGUUGGUCAUUGUGAGCUGUUGGCACUAAUGCAGGAAGACUUCAAGAAUGUUCUGCAAGCUUCCGUACAGAAGCAAUGGGAUGAAGUGCGUCGUGCUAUGUCUGCAUUCACUUACUUUGAUGCACUUGAUGAGGUCGCUAGGCGCGAAGGUUGUAUUGUGGCUAAAAUGAAAGCAUACAAUAGGAAUGAGACUAUUUUAGGCGAUGGCAUGGGCAUACCUAAUUUCGUUUACUUCAUCUUGUCUGGACAAUGCCAGAUGAUUGAGACUCUUCAAAUCGCUGUUACCCAAAGAUUGGGACACACUUCCUACGUCCUUUAUGAUCCAUAUAUUCCCAAACAAGAGAGUGAUCAGGAUAUCGAUGCGAAAUAUUUUCAAGCUUAUAAAAAAGGCAGAGAAGGUCAAUCUGAAGACGCUACACUGCUUUCGUCAUCCAUGCAAGUGACAUCCAGUGCCAAGGGUACAGAAACUAUAAAGAAACCCAGUUCGGAACUCUCUAAACAGAAACGGUCUGGGUCUAUUAAAAGAGAUAGUAUAGUCACGAUACAAGAAGAGAAGGAAACUGAAGCUUCAACAACCGGCACACCUGCCCCUGCACCGAUAUUAGAAGAUGAAGUUCCAGCUGAGGUUCAAGAGGGCGCAGAGGAACAAGAGGGGAUACUUCGUGAAGCUUCCGUUAAAUCUGCAGUUCUCAUGCAACCUUCUGAGCAGCAUCGAGAAUCUGUGAGGUUCAGUAUCCAACAUCCAAUAAUGCCGCCUCCGAAUUUAAAGACUUAUUUUAUGCAGGUGUGUCUAUUCUACCCCGGUUCAACGUUCGGUUUUGGAGAGAAUAUGCGAGAUCGUCGUAUUAUAGCACUAACACCAGUCGAUUGCAUGCUAAUGCCAAAGAUAUGGUUGCUACAACGAAACACAGCUAACAUCUGGUCAAGGAUCGAGCAUUAUUUGGAGAAAAAGAUUCCGUCAAAAAAGCAGUUGUUCCAAGAGUUUGUCGCAGAACGUCGCUGGCAAGAAUUCCGGGAGCAACUCGUAGCCGACGUGGUCGCCAGAUCGAAGACGGUCAAUUUGACAUCCGUACACGAUGUACCGUAUUCUAUACGUAUGGAAGAGAUGCUAGAUAUUUAAUUUGUUUUUAUUUUCUUUCCGCUAUUGUUAUACCAAUAAAAAUUUGGAAAUCCA